AUGUCGGUCGACAGCGUGUUCCGGACCCGCUCCCUCGGCGUGGCCGCUGAGGGUCUUCCUGAUCAGUAUGCGGACGGGAAAGCAGCGAAAGUCUGGCAGCUGUACAUUGGAAACACGCAGAGUAGGACGCAGGAGUAUAAAAGCUGGGUGGUGUCACUGCUGAGAAAACAGGGUGUCCGAACAGUGCUGGAUGUAGCCUGCGGAACAGGAGUGGACUCAAUUAUGUUGGUGGAGGAGGGCUUCAAUGUGAUGAGUGUGGACGCUAGCGACAAAAUGCUCAAGUAUGCACUGAAGUCAAGAUGGGAGAGAAGAAAAGAAGCAGCAUUCGACCAAUGGGUAAUUGAAGAAGCCAACUGGCUGACGCUCCCAGAAGACGUCCAGAAACCAGGAGGAAACGGCUUUGACGCAGUUAUUUGCCUUGGCAAUUCCUUCGCCCACUUACCAGAUUUUAAAGGGGACCAGAGUGACCAAAAAUUGGCUCUCCAGAACAUUGCGAGCAUGGUCAAACCAGGUGGAAUCCUCAUCAUUGACCACCGCAAUUAUGACUACAUCCUGGAGACUGGGCGGGCACCACAAGGCAAAAAUGUUUACUACAAGAGCGAUCUAACUCAGGACAUUUCCACUUCUGUGCUGUGGGUGAACAAUAAGCCACAUAUGAUCACUCUGGACUACACCAUCCAAGUUCCUCAGGCUAGUCCUCAGAGCUUGCCUGAGGUCAGUAAAUUCCGUCUCUCCUACUACCCUCACCGCCUGGAGAACUUCAAAGCGCUACUGCACGAAGCUUUCCACGGAAAAGUGGAGCACAACGUCUACGGAGAUUUCAUGGCAUACGUUCCUGGCCAAGCUCAAGCACCAUGUUACUUCAUUCACGUUUGCAAGAAGACUGCAUAG